AUGGCUGUCUCCAAGAAGAUGAAGAUCCAACGCGAGCACAAGAAGGCCGACCUCGCCGGCACCCGUGCCCCAGUCAAGGCCAACGGCCUUCCCGUCAAGCCGCCCAAGGAGACGGUCAUUUGCACAAACUGCCGCCGCGAGAUGGUCAAGUCCAACUGCUUCCCGUCUGUCUUCAGUUAG